AUGGGAGCUCCAGCUACUCCACCCAGUCGCCAUCGCCAACGCUCUCGUGCCUAUCCUGCACUCGUUCACCAGGGUGCGCAUUUGGCAAAUCUUCGACAUCACCUGAGACUGGGCGCUCCAGCAACGCCUCCCAGUCGCAGUCGUGAACGCGCUCAUUCCAUUCCCGCAUACAUCCACCAGGGCGCCCUUACUGUUGGUCUCGUUCGACAAUGUCAGACCAUCCACGGACGGGAUCGGACUUGCAUCCCACCACGGCUGCCUCCCGAGUGGGUCACCACGCUUUUCUUCAUCAUCAUGGGCAUCAUUUCCCUCACGGUCACCUGUGGACUUCUCGUGGCAUCACAUUGGCGCCGAGAGGCCACCAAAUAUGCCCGCUGGAUCGCCUUCACUGGCAUGAUCCUGUUCUGCAUGGCAGCGCUCAUCUUCCCAAUAGGCUUCUAUAUCAACGAGGUGGGAGGUCAGCCGUACAAGCUGCCCAACAACACGGUGGUCGGCUCGUCGUACGUGCUCUUCGUCCUCUCCAUCUUCUUCACCAUAGUUGGACUGCUGUUUGCAGGGAAAGUUUGUCUCCCGGGCUGA